AACAGUAAAUUUUAGCAAAGCAUUUUCCCCAAUUUCUGACCCCUGUGGCCCUGUCCUCCCUUGUUCAGCCACCUUGCCCCUUCCCCUGUAAACCCCACGAACACCACCUCAAUCCAUCCAUCUUCAUUUUACCCCCCCCAAAUCCACAACAUAAGUUUCAACAAUAAAAACCUAAAAUUCAAAGUUACUACUACUUCUACACAAAAAAGCUCUCGUUUUUCACAAUCCGCUGAAUCUAAAUUUGCUCUCCCCCCUUACUUUCUCUCUCCUCAGGGUUCUGUGGUGGUCAUCACGGCGGAGGAGGGACGGUUUUGCGGCGUCUGAGUUCUAUUACCGGCCGAAGUUGAGUUUUCGCGGCGGCUGCUUUCUGUUGGUUGCCGGAGUUGGAGAGGUUUUUUUUCGCGGCGGCUGCAAAGGUGGCAACAUGAGCAAUGAUGUAUUUGAUGGGAAAGUAUUAGCUGAGAAGCUAUCUAAAUUAAAUAAUUCGCAACAAAGUAUCGAGUCAUUGUCCCGUUGGUGUAUUUCCAACCGUAAGAAAGCACGGCAGGUUGUUGAAACAUGGGAGAAAAUGUUCAAUAUAUCUCAGAAAGAGAAAUGUGUUUCGUUUCUUUUUCUUGCGAAUGAUAUAUUGCAAAAUAGCCGGAGAAAGGGCAACGAAUUUGUGAAUGAGUUCUGGAAAGUCCUUCCAUCUGCACUUAAGCAUGUCUUUGAUAAUGGCGAUGAAAGUGGAAAGAAAGCAGCGAACAGACUGGUUGACAUUUGGGAAGAAAGAAAGGUUUUUGGAUCUCGCGGUCAAAGUCUUAAAGAUGAACUAGCAGCCAACCAGAUAAAAGAUCCGGCUCCACAAGUUGUCAGCAAUGGAAACACUGCCAAUCCCAUCAAAAUUGUGAAGAAGGAUGCUCAAUCAUUGAGAAUUAAAUUGGCCAUUGGAGGACUUCCUGAAAAAAUUGUGUCAGCAUUUCAUUCACUCCAUGAUGAAUGCUCAGAUGAAGAAUCUAUUCUGGUGAAGUGUAAUGCAACUGUGCAUUCUGUAGAAAGAGUUCUGAAAGAAGUAGAAGCUACCACCAGUCAAGGAAUCCAGCCAGGGACCGGUGUUGCAGAUGAGAUGCAGGAGCAGGAAAAUGUCCUUCAGGAAUGUGUCCGACAACUUGAAGGUACAGAAGCCAUCCGGGUAACUCUGGUUUCUCUGCUAAAAGAGGCAGUUCAGGAUCAAGAAGCGCAGCUUGAGACUCUACAGCGUCAAUUACGGAUUGCUCGUAGUCGGAUUAAUGACGUGGGAAUUCUGAGGCCAAAGGUAUCAUCGCAUGAUCACGGUUUAUCAGCUGGAUCAGUUCGUGCAUUGACUGAACCGCCAAUGACGGGAGAGUAUAAUAACUCUUUGCAGCCGACAAGCAGUCUUCAAAUCCCUCCAAGUCAACCAAUUGGCAAUCAGCAGAUUCCUGUUCAUCAAGUUCCUCAAACUCCUAAUCAACAUGUAACCUCUUUUGCUGCACUCACAGCAUCUGAUGAAGAUAGUAAAAAGGCUGCAGCUGCUGCUGUUGCUGCUAAGCUUGCUGCUUCCACAUCCUCAGCACAGAUGCUUACCUCGGUCCUUUCUUCCCUUGUGGCACAAGAGGCUGCUUCAAAGAAUGAUAGCUUGAGAAAGGGAGGGUUUUCUGCUAACUUGACAAUGUUCUCUCCUGAAAAACGGCAAAAACUCGAACAGCCAUCAUCAGGAGCAGAUGUUGCAAACCUUGAUCCAGGUAGCUCACCCUAUUUUACCCCUAUCCAGCAACCGAUAUCGGGUAACCCAGCCUCCCAGUCCAGCAUGCAGGGUUCAUUGGGCCCGCCUCCCCUGCCGCCACCUCCCCCAUCUCUGCAACCUACCAAUCCAGUUCUUAAUCAGUUUACUCAGUCUGCUGGUAUGAUGAUGAAUAUGAUGCCUUAUGGAUUUGGUAGUAACAGCUUACCACCACCACCUCCUUUUCCAUCUCAUGUUUCCAUGGGACUUGCACGACCACCAGGGCCUCAAAGCUCACAGCCGCUUCAGCCUCCUCAACAACAGAAUGCAAGUGGAGGAUUCUAUCGGCCACCUGGUAUUGGUCUUUAUGGGUCAAACAGUCAGCCUUCAACACCACCUGUGCAGCGGCAGUAACUGUAUGCUGACAUUUUUAGAAGGGAGAGGGAUAUUUGAUAUUUCUCCCAUGCGACUGUACAUUAUUAGGGGCUCUUGUUUACUUGUAGGCUAUACACCUUUUGGCACCAUACUCUGUCUAUCAACUUUGAUGGAUGUUGUGUAGCAUUAAGGGGGUUAUUUAUUAGUUACAAAACCAUCUUACAUCUGUAGUUAGACAUGUAUCCUUUAAAAACGAGCAGAGUAGCUUUUAGUUCUCUUAGGUAACAAUGAAAAACUUAUAUCUCAUUUAGCUGUAUGAUGUUCACAGCUGAAAUCUGAGUCGGGAACAAUUGUCUCAA